AUGCCGGAGCUCCGCCUACCGAUAACCGCCCCGGCCGCGGCCGGGUCCCGCCGCCAUUCCCGGAGGCUACGGCGCCGCUGCCGCCUAAUCCUCCUCCUUGUCCUCUCCCUCUCCGUCCUCUCCCUCGCCUACCUCUCCUUUUCCUCCCAUGCCAACCUCCCAAUCCACGCAAUGCAUCAUGGCCUAUCUAAUAGGGAGAACCUUUUGAAGGGGAAUGGUCAGGGAUACAGCCCUGAUGUUACAAAUAUCUCUAUGACUAAAGUUGAGUUGGAACCCCCCAAAAGUCGAAAGAAACCACACAAGCGCUAUGCACCAUGCGAUAUUCAGUUUUUGCCAUCAGUUGAUGAUCUUGUGGAGCCUGCUCACUACGGGAAUUUUACACAGUUCUCUUUGAGCUAUAUAUUGAAGGAAAAAGUAUUGCUUGGUAAUGGCUUCUUCGAACCAGUGUUUGGUGGACACCAGAGUCUUGGGGAUAGAGAAGAGACAUACCAUGCUAAAGACCAGACCCUCCACUGCGGUUUUGUUAGAGGACCAGAUGAUUACCCUAGUACCGGAUUUGAUUUGGAUGAAAAUGAUAGAAGGUAUAUGGCUACCUGCCAUGUUUCUGUAUCAUCAUGUAUUUUUCGAAGCUCUGAUUACUUGAGGAGACCAACUAAAAGCAGGAUUGGCUCUUACGCUAAGAAGAAUGUGUGCUUCGUCAUGUUCAUGGAUGAGCUAACACUGGCAACCCUUUCCUCUGAAGGACACAUGCCUGAUGGAAAUGGAUUCAUAGGCUUAUGGAGAAGUGUCGUAGUUAAGAACUUACCAUACGAAGAUAUGCGAAGAGCUGGGAAGGUGCCAAAAUUUCUAGCUUAUCGACUCUUCCCAUCUGCCAUGUAUUCUAUAUGGUUGGAUAGCAAACUGCGCCUCCAUGCUGAUCCAAUGCUUAUCAUUGAGUAUUUCUUAUGGAGAAAGAAAGCAGAAUAUGCCAUCUCAAUGCACUAUGAUCGCUUUUGUGUAUGGGAGGAAAUACUCCAAAACAAGCGGUUGAACAAAUGUACCUGA